AUGUCCGAAGCACCACCCCGCAAUACGGUGCAUCCUUAUCUUGUCCAACCGACACUGCUCCCAGAGUCUCUGGAUGUCCGCGUCCUCCUCCCCAUCACGGUGGUAAGCCUCACACAGACGGUGCAGAGUAGCCUGUUUCAAAUAGAAAUUUGCCCUCUCUCGCAGGGUGGCCAUUUGAUCCCAUGCGUGGAAGACCACAUCCCAAUCAGCGUCCUCCUUCUGCAGGUGGUCCGCCACGAGCAGGCGCGCGAUGUGCCUCUGGAGCACCCAUGUGGUAGCCGUGCCGGCGCACUCGACGUGAUUUGA